AUGGAACAACAUGAUCAUCAGGCUUUGAAAGACGUAUCUGUAAAGAUGAAGAAAGACCGAUACUCCGCCAAACAUACCAAGUUCGAGAAUGAGUUCUUUUUCCCGAUGGAAGCCGACGAGAGGCUCAAAGCGAAGCGCAAAAAGCUGCAUGAGGAUGUUGACGACUUAUUAACUAAUGAACAGCGUCUACGAUUCCGAAACAAGGCUGCUUCUGUUGCGAAGGCCUUAGAGCAAACAUCACCAGCAAGCUCGUCUUCAGCGGAACCUUCAACUACUUCGCACAGUCAAGUCACAGCCAAGCAUGCAAGGGGCAAGACAACGAAGAACAACCACCAAGAAAAACUUUCGAUUCAUGACCACCUGGUGGGUCCAGGAACUACUUCGUCUCGAUUAAAAACACCUGCCCGUCUCAGAAUCCAGGACGUUGACGUUUCACAAGUACUACUCGAUGCGGGGAGACAGGUCAUUGCAAACCAAUGCAACAUUAACAACAUUUCAGAUCUCCUAGCAUUGAAUUUCAUCUUCGAUACCAAGUAUAUAAGGAAACAUCUUGCUUCUGAGGUUUUUACAAAGAUACCACGCGUCCCUACCCCUAUUCCUGCGAAUAAUGAGAUCCAGGUCCUGUCUGAAUGUUCAAUAUUUGCCGCGACACAUUCAUUCCUGGAAACCAAACAAUUCUUCAGGAACCACAUUCAGGCGGGGACUGUCAUCGAGGAAGUCCUGAAAGCCUACACCACUAGGCCAACCCUUUGGCGGGACCUUUCUCUCCAGUCUUCAGCAGAGCUUACACCGCCCCGAAAUGGAGACACAUCCACAGACGCCGUGGUGGAGAGCAUUAUCAUUGGAGUGUUUGGGGGCCUCGAUGCUGCAGACCACUGGAGAAGGUAUUCCAUUCCGACGCCACAGGGAUUUGAAGAGAAAUAUAUACCGGAUUAUUACGCUGAGAAGGUCGGCCUACCUUUUAUUGUUGUCGAGACUUUUGCAGCUGGGGUCCCUGAGCCGGUUGUCGUUGGCCUUCUCAUUUGUGCAAUGACUCUCAAGUACGAAGCGAUUUACAUGUAUGAGACCCUGGGAGAAUUCGAACUGCCAAGAAACAAUUUACAGUUAGGCCUACUUUUACCAGCACUCAGUCCGCUGAUUGCAAUUCAGAGGGUGGCCAAAACAACCUUGGAGGCGAUUAACAAUCGCGUCAUUGACCAUGACCCAACAGCGAGAUGGAGGCGUCCCUCCUACUAUAUUCGGGGAAUAAAAAUCCCGGCACCGCCGCCACUACCACCACCAUCAACCGUUGAUUCCGAUGCCGAUGAUGACCAGGAAGCCAAGUGA